AUGGCGUCCUUACAGGCGCUGUGGGGUCCAAUGGCCCGGCGGCUCCUGCGAGUCGCCGUGGCCAAAACCGCAAACGUGGUGCGGACCAAAUUUGUCGUUAUGACGCGGCCCCUGCAAAACCAACUUACACUGAGAACUGCCAGAGUUGCUCGCCAGCCUAUCCACCCUGUUGCUGCUCUUCGACAGCAGAAACGCCAUACUAGCCGAUGGUUCUCGAGCUCCGCAGCUCAGAACGUCAACCGAGUUAUUAGGAGAUUCGUUAGCUCCGAGCCCAAGGCUGCUCGCUUCGACCGAUCCAAGCUCCCGAGCUCCAGCACCUCACGACGUGUUGCGCAGUUCUCUGGCCGAGCUCCAUUUGCCAAUGCCCUCCGUCCCAACUUGACGGGUGGUGCUUUCCCUCGAAGUGCCAGUGGAUACAGUCUCGGCGGUAGUGCUCGAUACUUCUCCCACGGUCCGGCAGCUCCGGCUCAGGUCGUGCAGAAUGUCUCCCAAGCCAUGAGAGCAUUCUUCCUUUCUGGUCAGAAGCUCCGCUAUGACGGCCUCGGACCUCGAGGCGAUCGACAGUAUCGAGCGGUGUCACCAGUCGAAGACCAGGCCAUGCACAAGCUCUCCGCCUUCUCCAACUCGGCUCCCGGCGCUUUCGUUGACUUCAACAUCAGCCCCACCGUCACGGCUCUCAGCCCUCUUGCCGCCGCUAUCCCCUUCGCCUCUGAGACCUCUGGUUUCAAGGCUGAGGCUGCUGCGGCCGGUGCUUCUCUUAACACUGAGGGUUUCCUCGACGUCCUUUCCUCCGACUUCGGCCGAGUGCUUCAGGAUCUCCGAGCAAUCGAUACAGAUCUCCGAAGACUUGCGAUUUUAGGUGACCUUCCAGUUUUAUUAGAGAAACACAACACUCUUCGGGUCCGUUUUCCAGGCGUCGACGCUGAGACCCUUGAGCGAUUAUGCGAUGAUAUUGGGAUCCAGCGCGGUGUGGUGGGUCAAGAUCCCGAAUUUGACGAUGCUGCUGGCGUUCCAGUGGCUCUCAAGUUCCCAUUCGCUCCUGAUAGCGGGAAACAACCAAGUAUAUCACUUCGAUCUUUGGAGGGUUAUGAAACCGAUGAAAUCUCGACUCUUGACGAAGAGUAUUUCGUCUAUGGUGACAUCUUGGACGACAUGUCUGACAACCCAUGGUUGGCGGAGACUGACGGAUACGAGACAAUGUCGCCUCCAGCCAGCUCGGCAAUCGAACAAUCCGAAGAUUACGAAGGUCUUGAAGGGAUCUACCGAUUCCUUGAGGAAUGUGACCAGGCCAAAGGAAAGGUUGGUCGAGUAAAUUGA